AUGGCUACAGCAAUAAACAGACCAAAAUACUGCAAAUUUGGAUCGACAUGUACGCAACGUGCAAAUUGCUCGUACAUUCAUCCUGAACAAGGGUAUCACAACUCAUCUAGUUUUUGUCCAUACGAAUCUGAUUAUCAUAGUACACAAUGGCCGACCCCUUCGUAUGAUAAUUCUCAAUGUAAAUAUGAUGAUCAAAAAGCUAAUUUAUUACCAUCACAUUGUCAAUAUUCUACCACUCAAAAUCUUCCUUAUUACACAGCUCUACGAAAUGAAAUUUCUAUUUGUUCAGAUGUCCAUCCAGAAAUAUACAAUAGUAGUUGUGAUCAAUAUCAUCAACAAAAUAAGUUUCAGAACAAUCAACAGCCAAAUGAAUUGAAAACAUCGAAAAAGUCAUGGGAAAAACGAUAUAAUAAUUAUAAAGUUUUGGAUUCAAAAUCCGAAGUCCCAAAUAAAAACAAGUAUAGUCAGGACACAUCACUUUCGUCAAUUCUAUUGGAACACAUGAAAAAUGAAAUUCAAGUUCUAUUUAACAAAAAUAUACCUGAAGUAUCUUCACAACAUCAAUCUCUUAUUGUCAAAGAACUUGCAUUACUUGAAGAUCUUGAUGAAGAUGAUCAUGAUAUGAAAUUUUUAAAACAGACAUAUCUCCAAGAAUUGAAAUAUCAAUUAGAAACAUUUGAACAAAAUAUUUCUGAAUUAUCUAUGGUUAAUCCAUCAACAUUAGAAGAAUCUAAAUGUUUUCAUAAAAGAUUGAAACGAGAAAUCGAACGUCUUAAAGCUCGUUUACCUAUCUAUGCACGACGUCGACAAUUGAUUGAUACAAUCAAAUCAAAUCGUGUAAUUAUACUUAAAGCUGACACUGGUUCGGGAAAAAGUAGUCAAUUAAUUCAAUAUCUAGUCGAUGCGGGAUUUGCUGAUCAUGGACAAAUUGUCUGCACUCAACCGCGACGUUUAGCUGCACGAGAACUGGCUUCUCGUGUAGCAAAAGAAUUCGGAUGUGAAGUGGGUGAAGAGGUUGGUUAUCAUGUCGGUGCUUCUCGUCCAAAAAUUUCAGAUCGAACUCAAAUUCGUUUUGUUACUGAUGCUGUUCUAUUGAAUGAAUAUAAGAUAGAUCCAAUGUUAAAUUCCUAUAGUUUAGUUAUCAUUGAUGAAGCUCAUGAGAGACGCGUUGAUACUGAUUUACUCAUUGGUGCCAUGAAAUUGUGCUUAUAUAGGCGUUGGAAUAUCAAGUUAGUCAUCAUGUCGGCGACUCUCGAUGAUAAAUUAUUAAGUAAAUAUUACGAUGAGGGAUGUGUGAUCGAAGUUCCUGGUCGAACAUUUCCCAUCGAAGAUAUUUAUGCUAUGGAAGAUACUGAAAAUCAUCUUGACGAGGCAAUAAACAAAGUUCUUGAAAUUCAUGCUAGUCGAGUUCCUGGAAAUAUACUUGUUUUUCUUACCGGUCAAGAUGAAAUUGAUCGAGCCAUCGAUGAAGUAACCAGAAAAAUCGAUCCACCUGAAUCAGCUCUUGUAUUACCAUUACAUGGUAAAUUAAGUGAAGAUGAUGUAAAACUCGUAUUCAUGCCAAUGACCAACAAUGAACGACGUAAAAUUAUCUUUUCGACUAAUGUUGCUGAAACAUCGCUAACCAUUGAUGGAAUUCGACAUGUUAUAGAUUCAGGUAUGGUUAAAGAAGUCAUGUGGGAUUCAAAACGUCAUAUACGAGUACUCAAAAUUGGCUAUACAACACAGAGUUCAAUCAAACAACGACGUGGUAGAGCUGGACGAACAUCAGCUGGAAAGUGUUAUCAUCUUUAUGCAUAUGAUACUUAUCAAUCAUUGGAAGUUUAUUCUCGAGCAGAAAUUCUUUGUAUUCAACCGAGUAUAGCUGUACUUAAAUUAAAAUAUCUUGAUAUAGUCGAUGAUAUUACAAAAUUCGACUGGUUAGAACCACCAUCAGAUAAUAGUCUUCAAGAGACUGUCAAAUGUUUAACAUGGUUAGGUGCACUAGAUUUGAAAACCGGCAAAUUGACUAAUUUGGGUCGUAAUAUAGCCAAACUCGGCCUUGAACCCAUGCUUUCGGUUAUGAUUUUAAUGGGACAACAACUCGAUUGUCUCAAUCAUAUACUUGCUCUUGCUGGCAUGUUGAGUGUAGUACAGAAUAUAUGGUGGCGUAGCAGAGAUGAUCAAUCGAAACAAUUAAGUGAUGAAAUACGAGCUUCAUUCAUUCAAGAUACGGAUAUUGGUGGUGAUUAUAUAAUUUUAUUACGUAUUUUUCUCGAAUGGUAUGCUCUAGGUGACAAUAAAGAACGUAGAAAAGCUUGGUGUCUUAAGCAUAUGAUAAGCUGGAAAUCAAUGAAGAUGGCAAAUAAUGUCGUUCGAGAAUUAGCAUAUCAAAUUGAUCCUACAUUUAAAAUUCAUUUUACUAAAUUAAAUGAUGAAUUAGUCAAACGCAUCGUAGAUUGUAUAUGUGCAGGAUUCUUUCAAAACUUAGCUAUUUCAAAUGGUCCUAUUCGUGCUGGAUAUCAAUUAGCCGUUGACACUAUAGAUACAGUCGCACAUAUACAUCGAUCAUCGACAGUUAUCUUUGCACAACAACCACCAAAAUUUAUUCUCUAUCAUGAAAUAAUUAAUAUUAACGAAACUAAUUUUCUAACUGUAAUUUGUCCAGUUGAGCUUGAUUGGCUUGAUAAAUCUUGGCUCAAUUCGUUACAACGUUCACCUUCACAAUGUGUAUUCGAAGGUUAUACAUUUGUUAAUCUUGGUCCAACACUUUUACUUUCGCUUGUUGGAAAAAGAUGUCGAAAAGUACCACUACUUGAAGAACAAUUACAUGUUUUAUUUGAAGUAGAUCAUGUACAAUCAAAACUAACUAUUUGGGGUCGUACAGAUAAACUUGCUAAUGCUCAACAAUAUCUUCAAGAGAUUUUAAAUAGAGAACGAGAUAAAUUACAUAAUGAAUUACAAGAAUUCGAAAUUAUUGGUUCAACUAUAAUCUUACUCGGUGCAGGUGCUGAACCUCGAUUAGUAUUGGUAGAUGAUGAAUAUGUAAAAAUUUUGCUCACAAAUUUACCGAAAACUAUAACUGAAGAACAAAUUCAAGAAAAGUGUGAAUUAUACGGGCAGGUUCGAAAUGUAACAAUAAUUCGAACAAAUCAUAAUAACACUUCAGCUUCUGUUACUUACAUGGAAUGUAGUCAAGCUCGAACGGCUGUUGCUCAAUUGUCACAUGAAAAAUGGAAUGGAUAUCAAUUGCAUGCAAGUCCUAGCUAUAUACGUACGAUAGUCAAUACAAAAAAGCCGAAUUACACGUUGAAAGCUCAAUGGUAUAUGACUGAAUCUGAAUGUAAUGGUCGUGUAGUGUUUAACAAUCUUGAAGCAGCAAAACAAGCCUAUCAGUUGUUUACGAAACGACAUCAUUUUAACUGUCAAUUUGAAAUGAAUCCUAUCAAUCCAAUAAUUAAAUGUUCUUGGCCAUUAAAACCUCAUCAUGGGCGUGCGAUUGUCGAUUUUGACACUGUUGAACAAGCUCAACAGGCAAUAGAAAAUAUAUAUGAUCAUCCAUUUCGAUUUGAACCAAGUCGGAGGUCAAACACUUCGCUAUACGUUCGAAAUAUUCCUCGAGAUCUUGAUGAAGUUAAUUUAAAAACAAUUUUCAUCGGUUGUACUCAUGUAAUAAUACUUCGAACUCGCAAAAAUGUUAUAGAGACAGCGCCUUUUGAAACUGAAGCUUUUCUUCGUCAUCUAUUCAAUAAAUAUUCAUCGUUUCAAUCGGAAUCGAUUUUUAUUGAACCAAUUCUUCAUGAUGGUCAUGUUAUAGCCUAUAUUCAAUUCACUGAUGAACAAGAAAUGCGAACAGCUGUCAAUGACAUUAACAAUAUGAAAAUUUCAGCCGGUUCAGGAAAAUUAAGUCUUAUAAUUCAAGAAAAACGACAAAUGAAACAAACAACAAAAAGAAAUGAAAUACAACAAGAUGAAUUUCGUAUAAAACUCUAUCGAUUACCAACUCUUGUUGAUGAAAAUUUCCUAAAUCGAGAACUUAAUCAAAAUCGUAUUAGUGAUUCUAUGACUUAUGUAAUAGUAUUUCGUAAGAAAUUAUCGGAAAACUAUUUUUCAAAUCGAUCUGGAAUAAUAACUAAUGAAAAUGAAAAAGCUUUGAAUAAUCUCAGAUCACUUUUUACGUCUCGAAAUGAUUUUACUUCUGAACCAUUUAUUGAAAUUCGUUCACCAACUGAAGACGGUCGUGUAGUUGCAUUCAUUCAUUUUAAUGAUCCUCGAGAAAUUGUAACAGCUAUUAACAUGUGUAAUUCAUUAGAUAAUCUUACUAUUCAAAAUAUUGGAUUAAAUCAACUUCAUUUUAUUCCUAUUAUUAC